GAGUUUUGCAGCCGACCCAUGCAGCAGUUGCUGGAAGCAGCGGAUCUGCUGGCAGGCGACGCCCCAGAGAGCCUUGAUCCUCCAGGGAGCGAGGUGAAAGCAGAGGCUGCAGAGGCAGCAGGUGAUGCUGAUGCCCCUCCUUCAUCGACUUCACCGUCCUCGUUAUUGGCUUGGACGACUCCAGGAGUCAAUGCCCUGGUGGGACUGAAAGAAUCGGUCAAGGACACUUCCAGCCAUAUGGUCCAUCGCGCGUACCGCGCGGCGGGCUCGCUGGGAGGCAGCAAGCGCGAGGACGAGGUUCAGAAGCCCUUAACGCCAGAUCUGGAUCCGGUGCAGGUCUAUGGUCGCAUCGAGGAUACUGUUGAGACCUUGGUUUUGCUGGUCUUGGAACCGGUGCUGAAGGGCAUCCCAUCCUUGGGCAUUCUGCCGGUGAGGAUCGAAGCGCGACGUUCGGUGGGUGAGCACGGCAGCCCCCAAGCAGCGGUCAAAGCACUGCUGGCCAAGGCCCGCACCGAAGACGGUGCAACGGUUUCCAUUUGGGAAUCCACGUUGGCACCGCAACGCCGGAACACGGAGUGCGUCUAUGACCUUGUCCUAAAGCUACUGAUCACGCGAGAAGAACAAGGAGCACAAAUCACUCGCAUGGCCCAGGACAGGAUUCGACCUGCAUACCGAGAGCGCUUGGGCCAGCAACCGACUAAGGGAAAGGCGAAGGCCGAAGAUGCCGAGAGUGGCAUGUCGCAGCGCUUCAUCCGCAAGGCGGAGAGCGUUUCGGAAUUGCUGGUCAUGCGCUUCCUUCCUGUGGUAGGUUACACCAUCUACGCGCGCCUUCGACUGGCCGCGCUGGUGGCGGAGAUGAACGGCAGCUGGGCGAAGUGUGGAGCGAAGAGCACCAACGGAAUGCCUCGGCGGCCAUUAGGUCAUGACUCGGAAGAUCCGGAAGUACAGGAGCCAGCCAUUGCUGUCUUCCGCUCCAUCUAUGAGUUUGUUCACUUUCGAGCAAUGCUUGAGCUGCACGCUGCAAGAGCCAAGCGCCACGGAGCUCUUGCCUGCGCGGCGUGCAGCUCCGGUGCAGGGCGGCUAGCAACAACUGCGAUGCUCUGGUCGACCGAGCCAGCUACUGACGGCCUCCUCUUCUUCAGCAUUUUGCCCGGCGGCGAAACCCACCCCGACGUCGAUCAGUCGCCGCCGGCGACGCUGGAGACACCGGGAGGCUCCGCGGGCAGCUCUGUUGCCGUCCGCGCUGCGCGUGGCUUGGGGCAUGGCCUCGCUCGACAGGACCUCUACGAUUUGGCGGCAGCGAUUUGUUCGGAGCGGGAAUCUGAGGAGGCAGGACCUCAGACCUGCACAGUUCAGAGGGCACAACUGCUGUUUCAAACGUCACGUUCGAAGCAUCCAGUGAUUCUGUUGCUCCUGGCCUUGGGCGCCUUAGCGCCUCUGCUGGUGGCCCUCGCAGCUGGACCGAAGACCGAUCGGAGAAAACCUUGGCAUUUUCCCAAUGACUGGGUAGAACGCACAAAAGAGGUGCUAUCAGCCAGCACGCCACGGCGACAACUGGCCUUUGCAGCACCCGCUCUUUGGGGCCGGUGCUUGGACAAGCACUACUUGAUCUGGGACUUCACCAAAAGGAAGAUUGAGCAUUCAAAGAUGAAAACGAAAGAUGAAAAAGGGGUUCCAACUGAUGAAGGGUUGCGUCACUUUCUUGCAGUCCUGAAAACAGCCAUAGCAGCAGUUGAACCUGUCAAAGUGAAUGAACUGUUCCUCACUGCCUUCUACAGUUCCCAAGUCUGGCGCCGACCUGCUGAGAGCAUGCAGCAGUACAUCGUGCGCAGAGAGCAGGACUUUAGGCGUUUGGAAGAGAUGAGCAAAGACACGCAUGUGAGCACAAACUUGCGUGCCAUGAUGUUGCUCAUCUUCAGUGGUUUAGAUCACAAAGAACAAGUCAGUGUUUUGAGUUCAGUUGGAAAUGAAUACAACUUUGAAAAGAUUUCACAUGCCUUGCGGUUGCAGUUUCCACAAGCCUCUGGAAAGCCUGUUGUCAGAAGGGAUUACCUUGGCUGUGGACGUCAGCCUCAACCCAAUCGUGACUCCGGCAUCUUGUUCAAGCCGAAGGCAUGGCGUCAGAUGAACUCAAAGGGCCGUGGCCGUGGUCACCAAUCUUUCACCGCCGAUGAGGUCUUGGAGACUGGCGAUGAUGAUGGCGACUAUGAGGGCGACGAGACCUAUCACGAGGACAUUGACGCUGACGAGCACUAUGAGCCUCCGACCUAUGAUGGUGCUGAGUCCUUUUGGGAGGAUGAAACCUUUGACACCUUGGUCCAGGACAUGCCUGACCUUGAUGAGAAUCCAGAGAUUGCCGACGCUUUGGCAACAGUCAUGCAGUACAAGAAAAAGGGCAAGGGCAAGGGAAAGCAAAAGGGGCCAGCCGGAUCCUCUUCUACGCAGUCUUUUCCUUUCCGUGCCAGUGGUGACAUCUCCUUUGACAAGAACAAGGAGGCCAGAAACAACGCAGUGAAGUUUCUCAAAUCCGUGACAACAUGCACCAGUUGCCAUCAACGUGGACACUGGACAGGAGAUGAUGCCUGUCCCAACAAGAAGAAGAACAAGGGUGCUUCUUCGAACUCUCCCAAGAAGAAGCCACAUGAGAAGAAGACCACGUUUUUCGUUUUGCAUGACAGUUUGGAAUCCGACGAUGAGAAGGAGACUUGCCUCGCCUUUGCCGUUGGGGACAAGUCCACCGUUUCCAAGAAUGAUCUAGCUGAACAGAAUGCCAAGGUCCUUAAGGCCUUUGCGACUCAGAACACCUUCCACGUUUCUGAGAAUGCCGACAUGACCCUGAAUGCCAACGCGAUUGAGAAUGCCAGCGUGCCACAGAAUGCCUUCCUGACUGAGUAUGCCGACCUUGCCCAGUAUGACGGCCUGACUCAGUAUACCAACUCUUAUCAGAAUGACAUGAGCCGUGCGCUGCAGCCCAAUUUGAAUGAGCCCAAUGCCGUGACCGCACAGAUGCCUGUUCCUCCAGCAGGCAGCCCCCCUUUUGAGGCUGGAUCCAACGUCACAAAGAAUGCCAGCGCACAUGGAGUUUGUUUCACUUCCUUUGAUUCUUCUGUACUGAUGGUGUUGAAGGACUGCGAUUGCACAGUGAUUUCUGGCCGUCGCAAAGAUGGCGAGCAGAUGUGGCGAUACCUUGUUCAGAUUGCCCUUUGUACAAAGUGGGGCAGUGCUGCUCGAUCCCGUGAGCUUUUUGCCAGCGUUUGCCGUGAAAGAGACAAAGCCUUGCAUGACCGUGAACAGCGAGCGGCCUUGCGACCUCCUCCCGGUUAUCCUGGUCAAGCAGCCUCUUCUCCAGGUUCCUCACCUUCACCCAAGUCUGUUGACUGGAAUUUGGUUGGUGAACAAGCCUCUUCCACUGGCGCUGAUGGCAGCUCAAGGACAGCCAAGAUUGUCCGUGAUCGAGAACCUCGCUUUUGGGCCUAUGGUGUGCUGAUUAAGCCAACAAUUGACCUUCCUGAUUUUCCCCUUCUUGCGGAUGAGGACCAGGAUGUUCUUCAGCCACUGCCAUGCGACAUGACUUUGUGUGGUCCAGAAACGCCCUUUGAGGGGUACAGCUAUGUUCAAGUUGCAUCGAGCCCAGAGGCAUCUGCAUUUUGCCAGCAAAUCUUGCAAGCUGCCCUGGAAAAUCAGCCUUUGGUUCCCGAGCUCUAUCGGCUCUCAUUCUACCUGUUCGGCAGGUGCAAGUUGCUUCAUUCUGCCGUGACCCGGAUGUGGAAGUCAGGUGAAGUUCGUCCUGCAAAGCGGCCUUCAAAUCCUGAUGAGAUGAUUGCGCACCGGUGCAUCCGGGUGCCACUUUGCUUCAACAUCCAACAUCCGGAGAUCGUUCAGGUUCAUGACUUUGAAGUUCUGAUGACCAAUGAUGACAGUCGUCAUGGCGAUCGUUUGGACUUGGACUCUUUUGCCUCCACUCCACAAGAUCCUCCCGGGUUGGCCAUUUUGGACUCUGGCUGUACUCGAACCAUGCACGGGAAGGAUUGGGCGGAAGCUUUUGAGCUUGAGCUCGGCAAACUUGGACUUUCAUGCCGAAGACGCCCCAAACACCAAUCUUUUCGUGGAGUUGGUGGCCAGAUUGCCAGCGACACUGUCAAGGUAUUUCCUGUCGGAAUUCAUGGAGUCAAUGGAGAACUCCACAGCGCUGAAGCAUCAGGAGCUCUUCCUCUUCUCCUCUCACGCCCUUUCAUGGAAGAGUUGCAGACCGUCAUUGAUGUUGGGGCCCGAACUGUUUCAUUCAAGAAGCUGGGCAUUGAUGGACUUCCUUUGAUUCGAACGGCCAAGGGUCACCUUGCCAUCAGCCUUUUGGAUUUUGAUUUGGCUGCCUUCGAAGACACAGAAAGCCCAGUGAAUGCCCCUGAGCAGCUCCACACCGAGGAUCACCUGGACUUUGAUCCUGCUGCUCUGGUCGAUCAUGACCAACCUCAUGACUUUGGCGGCAUGAACCCUGAUGAUUACUUUGACAUGAUGGCCGACCUUGACAUGUGGCGCCAAGAAGCUACCAGCAUCCAAGCAGCCAUCGACAGUGGCGAGAUCGUUCUUCCUCAACAAGAUGAAGGUCUCAUGUGCGAGGAUGCCAACUACCAGUUUGACCAUCCUGAGCAGUUCAUCGUGCGGAAGGCCACCAACAAGAAGAGCAAGAAGUUCGAGUCAUGGCAGAACAACUUGGACGGUGAAGACUGGCUUCGCCAACGAGUUCUCACCGGCAAGUACAAGAAAGUGUCCAACAAGCCGCCUUACGGCAAAACUUGGAUGAAACAGUUGUUUGCUGGUCAGAUGGGCCUAUCACUUUUGGCCAUCUUCUAUGGACUUUCUAUCGGCGUCCCCCUGGACGUGACCAGCUCUGAUUGGGAUGCAUCAACAUCCAAGGGAUACAAACAAGUUUGCCAUGAUUUGCUCUAUGAGGACCCCUUCCUGACCGUGAUCACCCAACCUUGCGGUCCAUGGGGAAAUUGGUCGCGCUUCAACUUGGCACGUGGUGGCAAGUCGAUGCUCACUGUCUUGGAGCUACGUGAAGCAGGACGUCCCAUCCUGCGACUGGUCAACAAGGUUGUCAAAGACCGCGUCAAAGCCAAUCGGCAUGUCUUUGUCGAACAACCACUUGGCUCACAAUGGCUAGAAGAAGAAGAACUUGCUGAUGUUGUCCAGCUGUUGCAGAACGGCGAUUUGGUUUCCAUACGUGUUGAUGGAUGUCAAGUUGGUUACAAAGAUCGAGAAAGCGGGUUAGCCCACUUCAAACCAUCCAUCUACAUCACUUCUCUCCUUGUAGCAGAAUCCAUUUUCAAUGGCUGUCGUUGUGAUGGGCAACAUGCACAUGAACCUCUCGAGGGAAACAACAAGUUUGGCUCACGCACACUUCAAGCUUCUGAAUGGCCUGAACAGUUGAACGAUCUUGUGAUCCAGGCCAUGAUCCAGCAAGCCUCUGCAGAAAGCAGUGCUGUGUGCGGUGCUCAUGAGAUGUUUCCUGCCGAAGUACGACCAGCUGAACAACCACUUCAAGGGAGAUCUCCCAAACGACAUAGAAGGGCAGGACGGGUUACACAACUUGUUGGACAAUAUGCAGCUCCACCCGUCUAUGUGCGUCCUCAACUGCCUCUACAACCUGAGGUUCAACAGCCUCUUGAAGAUCAGCAACUUCUUCCAGACCAACCUCAACUUGAUGAUGCUUCCGUGCGAGCCAUUCAGGCUUCAGCCUUGGACCCAGUGCUCAACAUCACUGAGGCUGAGCGUCGACGAAGAUGGCUCACCAUUUCCCCAGAGAUCAGAAAGAUCCUGCGAGAUCUACAUGUUCAGUUUGGACACCCCACCAACACAACCUUGCAGAGAAUCCUUCGACGUCAAGGAGCUCUACCAGAAGCUAUCGAUGGAGCAGAUCUUUUGAGCUGUGAUUCGUGUGGCGACAGCAUUCGAAGGAGAAGACCUAAGCCAGUUAGGCUUCCAGGUCGCUACGUUUUCAACCAUCACUUGCUCAUCGACGUCUUCUACGGCAAGGACGUUGUUGGUGAAUCUUUUGCCUUCCUGAACAUCAUUGAUGAUGCCACAGGCUAUCAGGUUGUUUCAUGUCUUGGCCAAGCUCGAGGACCACCUGCAUCAAAAGCCGUGCUCAGGCAUUUUCUUACUGUCUGGAGCUCAUGGGCUGGCCUUCCAUAUUCUGCACAAGUUGACCGAGGCAAGGAGUAUCUUGCCUACUUCAGUGACUACCUCAAGACCUACGGAGUUGAGCAGGAGACAGUUCCUUUGGAAGCUCCAUGGCAAAAUGGAAAAGUUGAACGUGCAGGUGCCCUAUGGAAGGAGAUCCUCUACAAGACUGUUCAAGAGAUGCAGUUGCAGGGCUUGGAUGACAUGAUUUUGGCCACAACCAUCAUCACCCAGUGCCGCAACUCCUUUCCGCGGCCAAAUGGGUACUCGCCCUCACAAUGGGUUCUUGGACUUUCAGAAGUGCGAGUGCCUGGCUCACUUUUGGAUGAUGGUGAAGCUCAACGGCUUGAGUUGCUUGAAGCGGCUGAUGAUCCAACAUCAGCAUUUGCAAGGUCCUUGGGCAUUCGUGAAAGUGCCCGAGUCGCUCAGGUCAGACUCGACAAUGAUGCACGAGUCAGAAGGGCUUUGCUUCACAAGUCCACUCCAACACGUGGACCAUACCCUGUGGGCAGCUAUGUCUAUUUUUAUCGACUUCAAGCACCUCCCACUGGACAAGCGCGAGCUCAGGCUCGCAACUUUCGCUGGUUUGGUCCAGCGAGGGUCAUUGGAGUUGAGACCCGGAACCAGCGGAGAGCUGAGGAUGUGGAAUUUGCCACCGAGGGUGGCCAGCCUCAUGCUUACUGGUUGCGCUAUGGUCCUUCAGUUGUUUUGGUCACAGGUGAACAGUUGCGAUUUGCGAGCGAAGAUGAGCUUCUUGCUGCUCACUCCCUUCCUGAAGAAGUUCUACAACCAUCCUAUACCAGAGGUGCCAGAAACUAUGUUGAUCUUCGUGGACAUGCAGCAACUCCACAGAUCUUGGAUCAACAACAAGAUCCUGCACCACCUGGAUUGCAGUUUAGUCCAACAACACCUUUUGCCGCUUCAAGACCGGCGACCAUCCGGGAAGACACAGAAUUUCCUGGUGAUGUUGUGCCUGCGACUCCAGCACCUCAGGAGGAAAGGACGGGAGACGAGAUCCAAGAGCCUGAACCAGGCCCGUCUGCUACACCAACACCACAGGUGUCACGCAGACCCAGCAAGAAUGUGCCUGCAGCUGCAGCAAUUGACAGCGAGGCUUCUGAAGAGGAGUCCAUGCUCACUCAGGCUCAACCUGCCGAUGCUUUCCUCACUGGGAAGGCAGCCUCCUCUGAGAUCUCCCUCAAGAAUUUGGAUGAGAGUGACCGGCAGAAGUUUCAAGAUUCCAUGAAGCGUGAAUGGGAUUCAUGGAUGAAGUUUGGAGCUGUUGAAGUUUUGACAAAGGGCCAGAUCAAGGACUUGCCCGACGACACGCAGAUCGUGGGAACACGUUGGGUGCACACCGACAAGAACAGCAAGCCCAGACUUUUGGCCAAAUAUCUCUCGAAGAAGACUGGAGAAUCUGAUGCGCAGAUCAAGAAAGAAUUUCCUUUUCAGGCCAAAAGCCGACUUGUUGUCCAAGGGUGCCAAGAAGAUCCACAAGCUAUCCGCUCAGAUAGUCCCACGGCUUCUCUUUUGGCAUUCAACUUCAUUUGCAUGAUUGCGACAGUGAUGAACUGGAUAAUUUCAGCAUGUGACGCCUCCACUGCAUAUCUACAGUCACAAGGAAUAAGCAGGUUGUUGAUUUUGAGACCACCAAGACCUCCACCGCCAGGCAUCAGCCCACAUGACCUCCUUCGAGCACGUGGCUCCAUCUACGGCACGAAGGACGCUGGUCGCUCAUGGUGGAAGAAACUUUUCAGAACCUUGAAGCGUUUUGGUUGGAGAAUGUCAAGAAUCGAGUCAGCAAUGUUUCUCCUUGUGAUUGACACCAAGCUUGUUGGCGUACUCAUUACACAUGUGGAUGAUUUGUUUUGUGCAGGUGAAGGCAAGGUGUAUCAGGAUAGCAUUUCAGCCAUGGAAAAGGAGAUUUACCUGAAGGUUAGUCACCGAGAGUUUCGUUUUUGUGGAAAGAACGUCAAGCAACAUAGCGAUGGCACCAUUGAGCUGGAUCAGUUCGACGCCAUUGAAAGCGUGGACUACAUGCCCUUGACUAAGGACAGACGGUCCUGUAUCAAUGCCCCUCUGACCGCAGAGGAGAUCACAAGCUUCCGCGGCCUGAUUGGCCAACUUGGCUGGAUCACGAGGCAGACACGACCUGACUUGAUGGUCAAUGUGUCGGUCGCUGCCCAGAGUGUGAGCAAACCAAGAAUUAAGGAUGUGGUGAACCUCAACAAGUGCGUUAAGAUGCUCAAGGACACAGCCGAUUCGACUUGGCGAUUUGUUCCCCAUCCUGACAUGAAGCUUGAUGAUUUGGUUGUUUGCGUUUUUGCAGAUAGCAGUUUUGCAAACAUUGAAGGCAUGAAGUCCCAGUGCGGCUAUGUUGUCUCUCUGACCUUGCCGAGCAUUCGAAGUGGCUCCCCAACUCCUCUCUUCGUUGUUGAAACCUACUCUGGAUCAGUGAAGCGAGUUUGUCGCAGUACACUUGCUGCAGAGGCCAAUGGUUUUCUCACUGGUGCUGAGGCAGGCGAAUACGUCCGAGCCUUACUGCUGGAACUCCAGCAUCCUGAUGUGAGUUUUAACGAUUUGGAGCGUGAGUAUGUGAAGAAGAAGGUCAUUUGCAUCACUGACGCAAAGAGUUUGGAGAGCACUUUGAACAAAGACGCAGGUCAACCUGGUGACAAAAGGGUUCGCAUUCUAGUAGCACAAAUACGUGAGAUGAUUGGUGAAAACAACUAUGGCGAUGAUGACAUGGUGUUCGCAGAAUGGUGCGACACAAGCCAGCAACUCGCUGAUGUGCUCACGAAAACUGGAUGCGAAAGAGAACCGUUGCUCAAUGCACUCUACCAAGGAGUGUGGCAGCUUGAGCCCAGCGACGCAGCACUGGCAAAGAAAGCCAGUAUUAGAGCUUCACGUAGAGCCAGGAAACAAGGGGCAAUCAAGGACGGGUGUGAAAAUACCCAGGAUCAUACCACUAGCACUGGACAUGAGGACAUUCCAUCAUAA